AUGGCGUCGGGAUAUGCGCCGUCCGCAGAGGAUGUGGUGCGAAGACUGCGUCCUUUUGGCAUGCUUUUUGAGACAUCUUUGAAGGAUUUGAUUAAAAGUAUAAGAACCGCUGGCGAGGACGUGGAACAGCUGCAACAAGUGCUGGGACGAGCACUGGCAGAGUGUCGCGAGGAGGUGCGGGCGCCGGACGUAGAGCUCAAGGCCAACGCGGUGGUGAAACUCACGUAUCUGGAGAUGUACGGGUUUGACAUGGCGUGGGCGAAUUUCCACAUUUUGGAGGUGAUGAGCAGCAGCAAGCUACGGCACAAGCGAGUAGGGUAUUUAGCCGCGUCGCAGUCGUUCUACAAGGAUGUAGACGUGCUAAUGCUGGCGACGAACCUGCUGAAAAAGGACCUGCGCUACGAGGGUCGUGGCGACGGACGCCACGACGUGCUGACCAUGGGCGUGACGCUGAGCGGGCUGUCGACAAUGGUGAGUGCAGCGCUAGCACGCGACAUUUGCGAGGACCUGUUUGGGAUGCUGGGCAGCACCCGGCCGUAUAUCCGUAAAAAGGCCGUGGCAGCGCUGUUCAAGGUGUUCUUGCAGUUUCCAGAGGCAUUGCGCGACCAUUUCGACCGGUUUGCCGCGCGACUGCGCGACGAGGAUCUCUCGGUGGUGUCUGCGACUGUGAGCGUGGUGUGUGAGCUUUCCAAGAAAAAUCCACGUCCAUUCGUGGCGCUGUCGCCGCUGCUGUACGAAAUGCUGUUCACAAUCGACAACAAUUGGAUUAUCAUCCGGCUGCUCAAGCUUUUCACGAAUCUGGCACAAGAGGAACCGAAACUGCGUGUAAAGAUCUUGCCCAAGGUGCUAGAACUCAUGCAGAUGACAUCGGCAACGUCGGUAAUCUACGAGGCCAUUAAUUGCAUUGUCCGAGGCCAAAUGCUGCAAGAAGACGACUUUGACGCUGCGUCCUGCUGUUUGCAAGAGCUCAACAAGUUUUGCAACUCGAACGACCCCAACCUGCGGUACAUUAGCGUCAUUCUGUUUUACAAGAUCGGCAAGAUCAACGCGCAAUUUAUUGCCGAAUUCGACGCUCUCGUCAUUCGUUUGCUCAAGGACGUAGACGUGUCGAUUCGGAGCCGCGCGCUGGAAUUGCUAGAGGGCGCUACAGACGACAACAAUCUGGCCACAGCGGUGCAGAUUUUGAUCCAGCAGUUUGUGGACAAGGACGUUGUUUCUGCAAGCAACCUUUUCCGACCAGUGGGGACAAACGGCAUCGAAAUUGAAAUUCCAGCGUCUUACAAGACCAAAAUGGUCAGUGUAAUCUUGAAAAUCUGCUCUUCCGAAAACUACGCCAAGAUUUCAGACUUUGACUGGUAUAUCGCCGUACUCUCGGACCUGUGUGUGGUGUCGCAGGAUCUCAUCAGCACCAACAGCAGCAUCGGGUACCAAUUGGCAGAUGAAAUCAGAACCAUAAUGGUCAAAGUGCCCAGUUUGCGAGCCAAAUUCAUCAACACCAUCGCGAACCUGGUUUUGAAUGAGGAUAUAACUUUGCAUAUGCCUAUGAUUUUACGAGAGGGCUACUGGUGCAUUGGAGAAUACUCGGCUCUUUUGCAAGACGGGGACGUGUUCAUUGAGAAAUCUGUGAUGCAUAAUAGAGUUUCUCCGGAGGUUCAGCAAAUAAUGGCUCAGGCUUUGUUAAAGGUCUUUAGCAACUGGUGCAACAAUGAUCCAACCAGACCUAUUGUGCACGUCAAACAGGUUCUUGCGAAGCUGAUAGGUUUCUAUGAGUCUCUCACCACGUCGCAAUCGUUCGAGGUUCAAGAAAGAAGCGUGGAGUUCCUCGAGUUUUGCAAGUUGUGCGAUGAAUCUCUGGAAGAAGAUGACGAUCAGGAUUUGCCGCUUUUGAUCACAGAGGUUCUGCCCGGGUUUUUCGAUGCGUACGACCUCAACCCUAUUUUGCAUGGCACGCAAAAGAAAAUCCAAAAGAACCUUACUCUCGACCUGGACACGCCUUUCCUCGACGAUGACGAGCUAGAGAAGCUUUUACUUGAGGAUUCUAGUAAAAAAGAUUCAGAAUCUUUGCUGCAAUCGGAUAUGGAACUGGAUUUCGAAUCAGAUGCAGAAAGUGUCACGGCACAGGAUCCUCACGAAUCCUUCUCGGUUCCAGAGGUGACUAAAGAAUUGAGUGCAGCAGAGCGACACGCUUUAGAGCAGAAGCGCAAACAAGACAGAAUGGACAAUCCAUUCUACCUGGAGGCCGAUGACGACUCCUCGCAAACCAAAAACAGCAAGCUAAUUGAUUUCGGUGACGACGAAAACAACCAAACUUUAGCCCAGCCCAAGAGCAACAGUACGCUUCAUUUGUCGCUCACUGGUACUGCGACAGACGAUUCCACGCGGAAAAAAAAGAAGAAGAGUAAGAGAAAGGCCCAAGUUUUAGAGGAAGAAGGGGUGCCUGAUUUGAUAGAUAAUCCAGAGGUCUACGAGGAUCCUCACAAAACUUUGGGCAGCGGUUCCAGCGUGAAUUCAAGCGCGAUUAAUCUCAAGGUGCAUUCUAAGCUCGAAAGUUUCGAUUUCACCUCGCCACAGAUUUCCCCAGACCCUACGCCAGACGCCGACACAGACGAGUCUGCAGACAUCAGCAAACUGCGAGCUAAGUUUGCCUCCACGUCGGUCGACCAAGAAAACGAUUCCAACGAUGAAGUAGUCGUUGUGAAGAAGUCGAAGUCGAAGUCGAAGUCGAAAUCCAAGAAAAAGGGCUUCAAAAAAAGCGCCAAGAAAAGCUCAGAAGAGUCCUUACCUCCAACGUAG